AGGGCUAGACUUGCACUCUUUUUUCUCUAUCAAUUCUGGGAAAGUCCUAAGCUACUACACUAAUGCACGAAAACUCUGUUGCCGCCUCCGUCGCCAAUUCCUCCACCGCCGCCGGCGCCGCCGGUGUGCCCGCCGUGGUCAACAACUCACACCUUCCACCACAACCAUUACCGAGACGUGUUGUGUUCCGACUUCUCUGCCAUGCUUCACGCGUCGGUGGAGUUAUCGGAAAAUCAGGGUCCAUUAUUAGACAACUUCAACAAGACACCUCCGCUAAGAUUCACGUUGAUGUGUCCGCACCAAACGACCACAACCGACUCAUUGUUGUAGUAGCCCCUGCUUCAGUAAACAAGAGGAUAAGGCUAUUGGGCCCCAUUGGGGAUAACCAGCGGAAUGAAGAAAUUGAUGAAAUAGAGGUUUCGGCUGCACAAGAAGCACUUGUUAGGGUUUUUGAGAGAGUGAUAGAAGUAACAGCGGAAAAUAAUGGACUAGUUUUGGGUGUGGAGAAUGUUGUGUCGUGCAGGUUAUUAGUGAAGGGGAAUCAAGUGGGGGCUUUGAUGGGCAAAGGUGGAAAAGUAAUAGAUACAAUUAGAAGAGAAAAUGGAUGUAGGAUUAAGGUAUUAACUUCAGGAAAGAUGCCAAGUUGUGCUUCGCCCAAUGAUGAAAUUGUCGAGAUAGAAGGGGAUAUUCUGGCUGUCAAGAAAGCACUUGUUGCUGUCAGUCGCCGCCUUCAAGAUUGUUUCUCUGUUGAAAGGACUAGAACGGUUGAUAAUGCACCAAUUGAGUUAGAUUCAGAGCAGACUUUGCCCCCUGAGCCAAUUGAUCUACCUGCACAAAGGAGUUCAAUGUCACAGCCAAUAACUACAAGCUCUUUCUCAGGUGCCUCUGGAUGUCAUUCUGUGCCACUAGAGGCUGACAAGUUUUCCAGCAUUGAUUCAAAAAUGCCAUUACAAGAGGUUGCUUUCAGGAUUCUCUGCACAAAUGAUAAGGUCGGGGCUAUAAUUGGCAAGGCUGGAACAAUUGUUAGGGCUCUUCAGAAUGACAGCGGAGCAAGCAUUGCUGUUGGGCCAAAUGUUGCUGAGUGCAACGAGCGAAUGAUAACUAUUACUGCAUUAGAGAAUCUAGAAUUACGGAAAUCUCCAGCACAAACCGCUGUUGUUCUUGUUUUUGAUCGGAUUCUGGAUGCUGGUUCUGGGAUGAAUUUGGGAACAAGAUCACUAAUUACAUUCCGACUUGUGGUGGCAAACAGCCAAGUUGGUUGUUUAUUGGGGAAGGGAGGCGCAAUAAUUUCAGAUAUCAGGAAGGAGACAGGUACCAGCAUACGGAUAUUUAGAGGUGACCAAGUUCCUAAGUGUGUCUCGGACAAUGAUGAAGUUGUACAGAUUGCAGGUGAGUUCGUAAAUGUACAAGAUGCUUUACGAAAUGUCACUGGUCGGUUGCGUGAUAACCUCUUGGCAGCAAAGGUGUCAAAUGGUGGCAUCAGUAGAAACAGCUCCCCUUUGACAUCUGAAAGUAGUCCCUCUGGCCAAAUGAAGGAACCUCCUUUUGGAUUUCAUCGGUCUAGUGGUGUCUCACAUGGUAACAAUCAACAUCCUGAGUUAACACGGUCUAUUAAUAACCUUGUACUUUCCAACAAGAUAGAUCAUCCCCCAUCACCGGGGCUGUGGUCAUCACAGACACGACCUGCAGUAAACCAGAGAGGUGCUUUUGAUGUCAGCAAAGGAUCUAAUUCAGUUAAAGGUGUCAUAGAACUUGGAAGUGGAAGCAGAUCUGCCAUAGUGACCAAUACUACUGUGAAGAUCAUGGUUCCUGAAAACAUCAUGAGCUGUGUGUAUGGGGAGGACGGGAGCAACUUGACUCGUUUAAGACAGAUUUCAGGAGCAAGGGUCAUGGUACACGAGCCCCGUCCUGGAACAACUGACAGGAUUAUCGUGAUCUCUGGGACCCCAGAUGAAACCCAGGCAGCUCAGAGUCUCCUUCAGGCAUUCAUACUAACUGAAUAACCAAUGAACUUACCAAAGAGGAUCCCAAUUUUGUAUACUGAACUAGUACAGUUAGAACUAUGUCAAAAGCCAAUUAUACUUUUAUUUUGUAUACUAUGUGAUGUGAUGUAUCUGAUGUUUCUUUAUUUUUAGAUAGAGUACUGACAUUAGUUUUUUGGUAUUUUGAGAAUACGUUAGGAAAUAAGUUUAUUCUAUGCCCCGUUAACAUGCGCAAAACCUUAUUCUU